CGGCAUGCCGGGGGCGGCGGGGCGGUAGUGGCGGCGCCGAGUCUGUACCGGGGCGGCGAUGCGGCUGCUCGGCGCCUUCCUGCGGCUGCUGGUGGCCGGGACGCUGGGGGCACCGCCCGCCCCGGCCCCGGAGGAACGGGGGACCGCCAGCACGGAGUCUCCCGUCCUUACCUUUCGGGAGAUCUGGAAUCGUAGUUUCUGCCGGCCUCUGGAGCAGCUGGUGGACGUCAUUACCGAAUUCCCCAACGAGGUGGAGUACAUUUUCAGACCCUCCUGCGUCUCUCUGCAGCGCUGCGGAGGCUGUUGUGGGGACGAGGGUCUCCGCUGCGUGCCCGUGGAGACGAGCACGGUCACCAUGCAGCUCCUGAAGAUAAAGCCAAACGGGGAGGCACCCUAUGUGGAGAUGGCGUUCACGGAGCACAAGCAGUGCGAGUGCAGGCCCCGGCAGGACCUGAUGAGGCUGGGAAGGAGGAGGUCCAAGGGCCGAGGUAAGAGAAGACAGGACAAGAAGGGACGGAAAGACUGUGAACUGUGUGGCACACCCCGCAGGUAGCCCCUGCCCUGCCCCAGCCCCGCUCCCACCAUGGGCCGAGCCAGCUGCCCUUGUCCCCAGCACGGGGCACUGUGGAGCCGUGUCCCUCCAGGACUCCAGCACGGAAGAGCUGACUGUUACUCCUGCUUGGCCCUGCUGGGAGCACAGCCUGGCACCAAGGACUCCCUUGCCCCAUCUGCCCCACUGGCAGCAAGAGAAAAGGACUUGUGACCAAGCCUGGGGCUGAAGAUGAGGAGCUCAAGCAGCGUGCUGCUGUUUGAGGACAUUCUAGGGGCAAUGAGGAGCCAAGCUGGUGCAUGUGCUGCUGGAACUGGCUGGGGAGGACAGCAUGAUGUGGCAGUGAGCGGAGAUGGCUCACAGGGCUGCACCUGCAAAACUUCUCUGUCCUGCCAGUGCUCUGCAGCUGGGGAGGAAGGAAACCUGGGGCAGGCAAGGCUGUAGGGCUGCAUCCGUCCCAGUUUUGGCACGGGGCAGAUGCCAGGGAUCUGUUCUGCUUGGGAACAGAAGGGAACUGGGCUGCUCAUGUUUUCACAGCUGCAUCUCAGCUUUGCCCUGCUCAAUAAAAGCUGGUCAGACAUGGGAGCUGGCAGCUCCUGUCUGCUUUCCAACAAGGCAGGGAACUUCCCCAUGGGCACCCACUCAGGCUGGAAUAGGGCUGUGACCCAGAGUUUGUCCCCAUCACCAAUCCUGCAGCACCAAGGGACUGCCCUUGGUGUGAUGCUGGAGAUGGGCAACCAGCAGGUUCCUCCCUGGGCUGGGGGCUAUCCUUGUGCUGGAGUUCAGCUGGGUACUGGGAGACCCUUGGGUGAGCUGCCCUUCCCCUCCACAGCACAGUGUGGGACUGGUACCUCUCCCUGUUCACCCUGCCCAUCCUGUGCUCGCCCAUUCUCUUUUUUUGUUUGAAAGCUUCAAACAAAAGACCGGAGGGCAAGAUCUGCAAAGGUUUUAGGGUUAUCCUUAAAUGAAGGGACCUGUGGUUUAUCCUGCUCUGAGGAACAAGAGUGACGCCUAACUCCGCAAGAACUGGGGUCCAAGGUGGCUCCUUGCCACACCUGACAGAGCUGCCUGUGGUAGGGGUUACAUUAUGAUGCUCCAAGCCAUAAUGCUGGUGUUGCCUGAGGCUGGGGACAUGGGGACAGGGCAGAUCCCUGCCAGGGGAAGCUGGAGGUGGGUGUUGAGGUUAUGUGGACCUGCAUACUGCCAUCAAAUAGCAGGGAAUUGACUGUGCGAGUUGUCAUUGUGCAGCUGGGCAUAUCGUUCAGGAGCUUGCUGGAUCCCUUUUGGAUCCCAUUUCCAGGCAUCCACAGUAUCCUGGAGCACAGCCUACAUGGCCUUUGCCUCAAAAUAGCCCAUGAAGUUCCUCCUUCACUACCUCACAGGUGAGGGGAACUUGCUGCUCCCCUUCCCACAUCACUCAAAGUCUGUGUGGACCAUGUGCUGGCCUGGUCCACACAGGCUUUCCCUGUCACUGUGUGUCAUUUCUGUCUGGCUGGCUCUGCUCUGAGGCCAAGGAGAACCAAGUGCAGCACUUGGAUGUAUGUGAUGGUUUCUGUAUUGUCUUUAAUACCCUGGUAGUAUUACAUGUUUAAAAAAGGAAGCUACAUAAAUCAAGUAUGUUAAUUAAUAAAAAUAAGUUUAUCAAGACUCAUGAUUAGGAUUAAAACAAAUUCAAACACACUAACACACAGUGGCUUUUCCUGUACACAGUUCCUGGUGUCUGGUGUCUGCAUUGAGGUGUUUCAGGCAGCUCUGCCCAUCAGAAGUGGCAGGGCCAGACCCCUGCCUUGCACAGACCCCGGCCUUGCUUCUCUCCCUCUAUCACCUGGAUGCCAUGUGUGGCCUUGUCCCCUGCUCCUCCAAUGGGGUGUUGGAUAGCAAGAAUGUGAGUGCUGGGAGGGAUGUGGCUGUCCCACUGCAGCCAUGAUGAGCAGAAUAGCUGGGGCAGGUCUGGAACAAGGGGAAACAUCACUUACACAAGAGGUUUGGGAGCUGCAGCUCCAGCUCCAUGGAGGUAACAGGAACCUAAUGAGGCCCAGCCCAUGAAGUUCCUGUGAUUGCUGCAGGCAUCACAUGCCCAGGGCAGUGCUAGCUCCUUUCCCUGUCCCUGCCAGAGGGGAGAGUCCUCAGACCCUACUCACUCCAGGGUGGCAGGGACUGCCAGCAGGACCUCCCACCCAAUGGCAGGAUGAGGAUCAGGGUGGGGGACUGCUGCUCUGAGGAGCAGAGGCUUCCUGGCUUCAGGGCUUGUGUCCAAUGCCCAUGUUUCCUCUCGAGGGGACCCACCACUGUCUGCCUGUCCCUCUGUGUGGUCCCUGUUGUAGCUCUUUUUAUAGCACGAGCUCCUGGGAGCUCUCCUUGGCCACAGCAGAUGUGUGAGCACUCUGACAAGAUCAGCUACAUCUACAGAACCCCAUGUACCCAGGUACUACCGUGCAGGGCUGUAGGUGCCCUUGUGAAGGGACCCUGACAUACCCCAGCCCCAGAGACAGCAGCAUCCACCAUGGACAGGCAGAAAACCUGUUCCAGCCCCAGUGCUCCCAACUCCCUCACCCCUUCUCUGCUGAGUACCCCUUGCAGCUGUCCCACAGAGCCCAGGAACAACACGCCACUGGGUUAUCAGUGUCCUGGGGCUCCCUGUGCCUUCCAGCCUUACAGGGCAAAGGUUUGUUUAAAAAGGCUUUAGGAGCUGCAGGAAGAUGGUUUAGGAGGAUAGUUAUAGGGAGACAAAACAUAAAGCAGCCUCAUGCACCAGGAAAAAUAUUUUACAUUUUUUUGGGAAGUAACUGUAAAGGUGAUGUGGGCAUUGGCCCAGAGAUGUAGCAUUGUAGCUGGUGAAGCCCUGAUGUUGAAGCUUCCCUGUCACCUCUGGUGUCCCUGAGCACAGGCUGCCAUCAGAGCUCUGCCACCCAGCAGUGUCUGCCAGCCAUGCCCAGGCAGGUCUCCCACAUGUCUCCAUGCAAAUAAAGAAACACUGAGGUCUUAACUUCAUGAUUGCAAGUCUCUUGCACCCUCACAAAAUUUGGCAUAAUCCUGCCUGUUGAAGCCAGUGCUGUUUGCAGUCUCAGCGUAUUUUAAGCUUUUGCUAGCUCUCAAGUGUCAGUUUCAGCUUGUGAGAAAAGAGGCAGCUCUCCCUCCUCUCCCUGCUCUUUGUCUGUGCUGGUUCUGCUUUGGCAGUUCCCACUUCCCAACAAGGAGCACAAGCUCUUCAACAGGUUAAUCUAAAAGUAAUCCCCUAAAUUCAAGGCACUCUAUCCAGCACUGACAUGCAAACCUGGAAGCCCACAGGUAAAGGCAGUUGUGCCUCAGGGCUGGUACAAAUCUUCUUCCCCUGCAAGGCUUUUCCUCACAGGAGCAUCCUCGAGGCACUUCCUGCUGAUGCCUUUGACUCACUCUCUUCUGGCCACUCCAGAGAUGUUUAAUGAAGAACUUAACUUAGUUUUGUACCCUCCUGGUGACUCCUCUUCCCACAUCUCCCUGCCACUAUCACCUCAAUAUCCAAACCACUCUACAGAUAGAUUG